AUGAGUGCGUCUAUAAGUCUGAAGGUGCGCCUACCAGUGCUGGUACUAGUGCUGGAGGUUGCCAUUUUAGCUCUUUAUGCUGUGUUUGUCACUUAUGACGACAAUGCAAACGCUAAGCUGCAAAACAACAUGACAAACCCAAUGGAGAACUCCCUGUAUCGGGACUAUCCCUACUUCGCAGAUGUGCAGGUGAUGAUCUUCGUUGGCUUCGGCUGCUUGCUGGCCUUCUUCAGAUUCUACGGCUUCAGUGGGAUGGUCUUCAACUUCCUUACUGCUACAUUUGCAAUCCAGUGGGCCAUCCUGAUGCAAGGCUUCUUCCAGUUUUAUAGUGACGGUAAAAUCCACCUGGGAGUCAUCAAUCUUUUGAAUGCAGAGUUUGCCUGUGCUGUGGUCCUCAUCUCUUUUGGAGCCGUACUUGGGAAGACUAGUCCAGUACAGCUGCUGGUCAUGGCUCUGCUGGAGGUCCCAAUCUUUGCUGUGACAGAGUGGGCUGUGUUGAAAUACAUCAGGAUCAAUGAUGCAGGUGGUUCUAUUCUAAUUCACUUGUUUGCUUGCUACUUUGGACUAGGGGCUACAUUUGUGCUGUAUCGCCCUAGCCUGAAUAAGGGCCACCCUAAAGAGAUCACCAGUUAUCACUCUGACAUUCUUUCUGUAAUGGGGACCCUGUUUCUUUGGGUGUUCUGGCCUUCAUUCAACUCUGCUUUGACCCUUAAGGGUGACGAUCAACACAGGGCCAUACUCCACACUUUUAUCGGUCUAAGCUCAUCCACAAUGACCGCCUUCGCUCUUUCUGCAGUGUUCAACAAGAAGGGCAAGAUCACGAUGGCUGAUGUUCAGAAUGUGACUCUGGCAGGUGGUGUGACAGUUGGGGCUUCUGUGGACAUGAUGAUUUCCCCUGCAGCGGCAUACGCUCUGGGCAUCAUGGGCUGUACAGCAUGUUUCUUAGGAUAUAAGUACCUCACCCCUUUCAUGGCCCGAAAACUAAGGAUCCAAGACCAGUGUGGUAUUCACAACCUGCAUGGGCUCACUGGACUCAUAUCCUCCACAGCAGGGAUCUGUGCCAUCCUCCUGGCCACCGAGGAAACCUACGGGCCUAGCAUGUACCAGAUAUUCUCCCAUCGUGCUCCACCUGAGGGGGAUCCAAAGCUGCUGGAGCUGCAGAUGCAGAUCCCAGGGUUGAAACCAGGUCUGGGUCGCACAGCACAGGAACAAGCUCUCUACCAGUUGGCAGCUAUCUUCACCACCAUCGCAGCUUCUGCAGUCGGUGGGCUGAUCACAGGCUUUGUCAUGAACCUGUCCUUCAUGGCGUCCCCAUCUGAUAAGGACUGCUUUGAUGAUGAGGUUUUCUUUGACGUACCUGCUGACUUUGAGAGAUUAGACGAUCUGGAGAUCCCCAUAGACUUUGAUUUAAAAGAAAAAGUGAGCUCUGACAUCAAAGGCUGA